GAGCUGGCGGAGGAACCGGAGAACUAGAGACGGAGAGGAAGGAGAGACGACGGGAAUAAAAGGAGGAAGAAGAGGAAGAGGAGGAUCAGUUUGAUCAACAGCUGUGAAGCAGAGAGAAAAGAAGAGGAGGAUGAUGGAGGAAUCAGAGCCACGAGGGGACGAUGCUGAGGUGACAGACGGCACCGAGGAAGAUUCUCCUCCAGAGGAAGUGGGCAGUGAGUCCAACGACGGCGGAGCCCGACCGGCUGAGGCUACGCUGGAGGUUGCCAUGGAAACGGAGCAGAGCGAAGAGCUCCCAGGGACGUCACCUCCAUCCAAAGGAGAGCCGGUGGUCGUCCAGGGCAACCAGAGCUCGGCCAGCGAGACGUUUCAGAGGGUUCGCAGGUGGAGCGUCUCCAAGUACAAGAGAACCCGGCAGGCUCUGUCUGAGAAACUGGGCCGUGGCUCUCGGACGGUGGAUUUGGACCUGCAGCCGCGCCUGGAUCUGCUCAAAGACGACCAGCAGCGCUACGGUCACAUGACCAAGCUGGCCCAGCUGCUGGCCGGCCAGCUGACGGAGUUCAGCGUUACCCAGAAGGCCCUGGGGGACGCCUUCACCGAGCUGAGCAUGAAGACACCGCCCCUGCACGUGGAGUUCGGCAUGAUCGCGGAGGCUCAGAAGUUCCUGUCCAAGAGCGGCGAGACUCUGACGGCGGCCAUCAACGCCUUCACGUUUGACAUGGACACCCUGGUGAACAAAACCAUCGAAGACACCAUGAUCAACGCCAGGCAGUACGAGACGGCCAGGAUGGAGUACGACGCCUACCGCGUGGACCUGGAGGAGCUGAACCUGGGGCCCCGCGACGCCGCCACGCUGCCCCGGCUGGAGGACGCCCAGAGCAGCUUCCAGGGCCAGAGGGACCGGUACCAGCAGGUCCGGGACGACCUCUCCGUCAAGGUCCGGCUGCUGGAGGAAAACAGGGUCAAAGUCCUCCACAACCAGCUGUGGCUUCUCCAGAGCGCCGUUGCAGCCAACAGUUUGUCCUGCCACAGUUUCCUGGAGCGAAACCUGCAGGAGGCCGUGGAGAAACUGGACGGCGUGGGCGAGGACGCCCCCUCCUGGCUGGAGGAGAGUUGACAGGACAGUCCGGUGGACGUGGGUUCGGAGGAGCAACGGUUGGACGUGACGGCUAAACCGCCGCCUGAAAAGAUGUUUAUGGACAUUUGUUUAGUACCGAGGAAGGCUGGGAGGAAGUAACUUAUUUUGGAUGUUGAACGGGUUUCCAGGUUCUGGUUUCAUUCAUGCAGGGCUGAAAACAACCAGGGAAAUUAAAGUGUGUCUGAAAAGUCUUCACAAUGACCUGAUACAAAUACACGCUUAGGUUUUCCAGCCUCCGCCUCAGUUUGUUGAGCGUAAAUCCAUCGAAUCUUUUCUGGAGCACUGAGGCCACGUUUCCACGUAGCCAAAAACGGAUAUUUCCCCCUCUACGUUUAUAAAAAUCCCAUAAUUUCCAGGAACCUGCAUAAAUAGCUGUUAAGGUGCUAUGAGCAGCCAAACCUACAGGGGGCAGUGUAACGAGAAGAUAAAGUCAUGCUAGCCAAUCAGAAUCCUGGAAAAAAACAUCAACAAAUGA